GAGAGGCUCUGGUCCCAUCACUACAAUAUUUGUAGAGGGAGGAAGAGGAUAACACAGCCACAUUCUGUACAUCAUCCACAGUACAUACAGCAAAUCUUAUUGUAAAAAGAUCAAGCAGGGAUUAAACUGAUAGUGGAUUUGGACUUUUUUUAACAAUGGCUCUUUUGGGCUUGGCGCUUGCAUGGUCCUUGUUAACUUUAUUGAUAGGUUCUUCAACUUCAUUCUAUCUUGAACCUGAGGAGGAAAUCAAUGAGACUGUCAUUUGUACCAAAGACCUUAUGGAAGUGGAGAUACCUAGUGCCUUCUUUCUCAACAAAGUUCCUCCAGUCUAUAUUUGGGAUUUACACCUUAAUGAUCCUGAAUGUCGAGGAAUGGAAACAGAGAACUCCUAUGUAUUCUCAAUUAAAACCAACCUGUCAGACUGUGGAACCAUCACGGCUUCUGAUGACACCCACAUCAUGUUUAUAAACAACAUACACAAUAAUAACACAGACGUCAUUACAAGAACCUACAUCAACAUCACGUUUGUGUGCCGCUACCCUGCCAACUACAUGGUCAAGCAAACUAAUGGCAACAACAUGAUAAAUGUUGAUAUACGGACAAUUACACUCAGCACUGAAGAUGGCAACUUUUCUGUUUCAAUGAUGCUCUACAAGGAUGAGGGUUUUGAAGACAAAUGGACAGAUGUUCCUUUCCUAGCAUUGGAAGACAACAUUUAUGUAAACGUCUACAUGGUACCAGCUCAUUUAAUAAUGCGUCUCGAGAGUUGCUGGGCUACUCCAACAAAUGAUCCAUACAGUAACAUUCAGUACACUUUCAUCAGAGACAGCUGUCCUGAAGAAACUAAUGAGCAAACAUUAGCAGUACUAAAGAACGGCGAGAGUUCUGAGGCAAUGUUUCGGAUACAAAUGUUCAAGUUUGUGGGCGACUCCUAUAAAGACGUAUUUCUGCACUGCAAUGUUCAAAUAUGUCACAACAAAGUGGGGGUCUGCCAACCAAACUGUUCAGAAGAAGUGAUGACAAGGACAAAAAGAGACAUUGUACCAUCUCACACAGUUUCCUAUGGUCCUAUUAGAAGAAAGAUACCUACUAAAGGAGAAGCAGGUCAAAGCACUGCACAUCUGCCACCGGUGGAGACCUUUGUGCUAGGAGGACUCCUGCUGAUUGUUCUUUUACUCAUUGGAGUAUUUGGGAAGCUCUGGGUGCGAUCACGAGGGCAGUAUCCCACAAUGCAAGCUCAGCUGACCUUGUCCAAUAUUCACCGCCACUCAGAGGUUGCCUCUUAACCUAAGUACCAUGUGUUUCAGCCUCCCCUUGGAAAAGGGUUUAAUUUGUCCCAAUGUUUAUAGAGUUGUCCUGGUUGUAUAUAAUGUAUAUGUUCCCAAUGAGGUAAUGAUGGAUGUUAUCUGUCAUGCACUGUGCUGAUCUUGCAUAUGGCGUUUUGAAAGAAGCACAUGUUAUAGCAAAAGUGUACCUUUCAUUGUACAAAAUAUAUAUCUGCUGCCCCUUCAAAGCCUUCUUUCCUGUCAUUAACCAACCAGCUACUUCCCAUAAUGACAGACAUGCCAGUGACAUACUUCCUCAACUCAAAAUCCCAAAGGCUCAAGUAUAACAGAUGUCCUGACAGACAUGCAAACUUGGGGCUUUCUUUAACCUAGUAAGGUUAAAGAUAUUAUCUGAAAAUGAAAAUUAAUGUUUGAUAGAACAUGUGCAGUUGAAACUGCACAUGUGAGACCUUAGCAAAUGGAAGAGAGGUAUGGUUUAUGGAAUUACUUCAUUGUCUAAAAGCCCUUUAGAGGAAUGUGAAUCAAGUCUGUAAAAUCAAUUUUCUUAUGAUGUUCUAUUUGAUAUAUUUGCAUAUCCUGAGUUAAUGUAAAACAAACAAACAAAAAAAAGGUACCAAAAGAUUAAUUCUCAGAACAAUAAAAAUGGACCAGUGAUAAUAUAAAUUAUUGGUCGGUACUUUUAAGAAAUGUAACACUAUCCACUAAGUCAAGAAUGGUGUAAGUCACUAAAGAUGCAUCCUAUUACAGAAAAUCUGCAUGUGUCAACUCAUGAUGUUAUUACUUCAGCAAUGACCAUUAUUUUCACAACAUGACUCUUUUCACAACAGAAAUGUUAAUUAAUGUGUAGUCUGAAACUCCUUUCAUUAACCAUGUCAGAGCAUUUUAACAGCACCGUACUCAUGGAAAAUGACAUUUGAUUUCUAACACAGAACAGAAACAAAAACGGCUUGAAUAUUAUGGCUUUAUUAUCAAAAACGACUGCAUUUUUAUAUACAUCUUGUGCUGGGUUGCUAUUCUUUUUUGUACAGGGGCGUC